CAGCGAUCUGGCCCCGCCUAGAGCCCCGAGAGAGAGAGAGCGAGCUCAGGGCCUCCUCCCUCCUCCCUCUCUGGCAGUCUGGAGCUGAGAAACGGGAGUCCUGGGUUGCCUGCGUGCUUUGGGGCCAGCAGCAGCCAGAGGCGGAACAUGGCGCUCGUAGGCAACGGGACCGAGUUGGAAGCCGACGAGGACAUUUUUGAAGAUGCUUUGGAAACCAUUUCUGUAUCUCGGUCAGCUAUGGCAGAAAGCAGCCAAUACUAUGCUUCAUUUGAUACAAGACAGGCAUCUGCACAGCAUGGACCAUCUAAUAUAAGCAGGUCAUCAUCAUCAAACAAGCUGGAUCUUAAGAGUGGCCUAGAAGAAUGUGCAGUGGCAUUGAACUUAUUUCUAAAUAACAGAUUUACAGAUGCCUUGGAAUUGCUUCGACCUUGGGCUAAGGAAAGUAUGUACCAUGCCUUGGGAUAUAGUACAAUUGUGGUAUUGCAGGCCAUCAUGACCUUCGAACAACAGGACAUCCAGAAUGGCAUAUCUGCCAUGAGGGACGCCUUACAAACCUGCCAAAAAUAUAGGAAAAAAUCCUCAGUUGUGGAAACUUUCUCGAGUUUUCUUUCCAGAGGAUCAUUUGAACAACUUACUGAAGAGGAAAUGCAUGCUGAAAUCUGUUAUGCUGAGUGUCUCCUACAGAAAGCAGCACUCACGUUUGUGCAGGAUGAAAAUAUGAUAAACUUCAUUAAAGGUGGCCUCAAAAUUAGAACAAGUUAUCAAAUAUACAAAGAAUGUCUUUCGAUUCUGCAUGUAAUUCAGAAGAGCAAAGGUGAACAACAGUUCUUCUAUGAGUUUGAAGGGGGUGUCAAGCUGGGAAUAGGUGCCUUUAAUCUGAUGCUGUCCCUUUUACCUGCACGAAUUAUCAGACUACUUGAGUUUAUAGGAUUUUCUGGAAACCGGGAACUGGGCCUCCUGCAGUUACGGGAAGGUGCAUCAGGAAUUAGCAUGCGAUCUCCUCUAUGCUGCUUAACUAUUCUAGCUUUUCACACAUAUAUCUCCUUAAUACUAGGCACAGGAGAAGUGAAUGUCAUGGAAGCAGAGAACCUCCUUGCGCCCUUCCUCCAGCAGUUUCCAAAUGGGUCCCUCAUGUUGUUUUAUCAUGCCCGGAUAAUGCUGCUGAAAGGGAAUUUGGAAGAGGCACAAGAGACAUUUCGAAAAUGCAUUUCAGUUCAAGAAGAAUGGAAACAGUUUCAUCAUCUCUGUUACUGGGAACUGAUGUGGAUUUAUGUGUUCCAACAAAACUGGAUGGAGGCAUAUUACUUCUCAGAUCUGCUUUGCAAAGAGAGUAAAUGGUCUAAGGCAACUUAUGUGUUCUUAAAAGCUGCAAUUUUAAGUAUGCUUCCAGAGGAGGAUGUACAAACAACUAAAGAAAAUGUGGUAACUUUAUUCAGACAGGUGGAUGGCUUGAAGCAGAGAAUUGCUGGGAAAUCCAUCCCUACUGAGAAGUUUGCUGUGAGGAAGUCUCGACGCUAUUCUGCCUCUUUGCCUGCACCUGUAAAACUCAUCUUGCCUGCCCUGGAAAUGAUGUAUGUCUGGAAUGGUUUUCCAAUAGUGAGCAAAAGGAAUGACCUGUCUGAAAAUCUAUUGGUAACUGUUGAAAAGGCAGAGGCAGCUUUACAGAAUGAAAAUCCCAGUGACUACUCUGUGGAUGACGAGUGCUUAGUUAAGCUGUUGAAAGGAUGCUGCCUGAAGAACCUACAGCGGCCUUUGCAAGCAGAAUUAUGUUUCAAUCAUGUUAUCCAAAGCGAAAAGCUAUUGAAGUAUGACCACUACCUAGUGCCAUUUACCCUGUUUGAGUUGGCAUUUUUGUACAAAAACCAAGGGGAAAUUGACAAGGCCAUAAAGACCCUCGAAACUGCCAGAAACAACUACAGAGAUUACUCCAUGGAAUCCAGGCUGCACUUCAGAAUUCAAGCAGCUCUUCAGCUCUGGAAAAUACCUUCCUCAGAUUGAGCAGCACAGCGUGAAGGAUGAAUUUAUUUUCCUUAGAUACCACUGGCAUCUGAUACAGAUUAGACCUUGUAUUAAUAUGAUCUUGUGAAUUAGAGAUAAACAACAACUUUACUGUCAA